AUGCCGAUGAUAAUAAGGUCGCUGACAAUCGAUUUGGACGAUGAUGUAUUACAAAUUCUGGGAGAUGACCCCUCGUCGGCCACAAUAUAUGGCAAAGAGGUACGUGCAGAAAUAGCUACCCGUUUUACACAUGUAGCCAUAGAAGGUAUAACUAAAGAAAUCCGUAAAGACCUCCUUAGUAAAUACCUAAUACCUGCUAAUUGCGUGAAAAUAGGCGCGCCAAAGUUAAACCCUGAGAUCAAAGCUGCCAUCUCAGAAAAUUUUGCUAAACGAGACAAAGGCAUCGAGUCCAAGCAAAAGGAAAUGGCUUGCGCAAUAUCUUGCCUUAGCGAAAUAAUUACAUCGCAAUUAAAUUCGACAGAGAAAAAUAACGACCUGUUACAAAAACUUAUAGACCUCGGUCGUAUUUUGUGCGAUUUACAAUACGCAGACAGCGUAACCAGACGCAAUUUUAUACUUUUCUCAUUGAAAAAAGAUCUCAAAGACCAUCUGGUGAAUACCAAGAUAGACACUUGCCUAUUUGGCGAAAACUUGACGGAAACGCUUAAAUCAGCGAAAGCCAUGAUUAAAUCCGGCGGAGAGAUAAAAGCUCCUGUUCCUAAGCAACCCGUAGCGCAAUACAGGAGGGUGAAAUCCAGUGUGUCGCGGCCUUUAAACCGCCGAGGCCCAGCGCCGCGUAGGCCGCCGCCGGGCCCGCCGCCGUCGGUUCCGACUCCGAGGGGUCGCGCGCCUGCUCCCCGCGCGCCGCCGCCCCAGCUCCCCCCGGCGCCGCCCGCGCGCUACUACAGGCCGUCGUACGCUCACCAGCCCCCUCCGCGUCACUACUACUAG